AUCCUGUCUAUCUUUUAACACUUGUCUUCGUGAGUGAAAUGUAUCAUAUAUAAAAUAUAAGUAAAAGGUGAUCGAUACUCUUCUAUUUUCUAUUUCAAACCAAAACUUUAAUUAUAAUGACUCUAGUGGCAGAACCACAACGACCUAGUUUAGACCUGCUUGGAAACAUCUAUCGAUACUAUUUAGUUGUCAACGUUCUGUGGAUACUUCGUUCGAGUUGGAUCGUUUACGUACUUCGCAAGCCAUUUAUAGAAACAAUGAAGACAAUUUAUUUAGCUAUCAUUGCCGGUAAUUUGGGCAUGAUGUCGUACGGUCUUUUCUUCGGUUGGUCGUCGCCAUCGCUGCCUCUCUUGUUGCAAGAAGACAGCCCCGUGCCGUUGACGAGACAGGAAUCCGCGUGGGUGGCGGCUAUCCAGACUCUCGGCGGAUCCGUGGGCCCGUUGCUCUUCGUUCACAUAGUGAACGUGAUCGGCAGGAAGUGGUCGCUGCUUCUUACCGGGAUCCCAGGGAUAGUGGGAUGGUUGAUGAUCGCUUUCGCGACGUCAGCCUGGGAGUUAUACAUAGCGAGGUUCUUCCAUGGAUUAAGCAGCAGCUGCGGAUACGUGGUCUGUAUGAUGUAUACAGGUGAAAUUUCGCCAGCCAGCAUACGAGGAUUACUGACGGCGGCGUUAACCGUGUUCGGGAAGACUGGAGUAUCCUUCGAAUGGACUAUAGGUCCCUUUCUUACCGUGAUGGAGCUAGCCAUGACAUCCUUGUCCCUGUCAAUUUUGUUUGUUGUUUGCACCCUGUGGAUACCAGAGUCUCCCUAUCACCUGAUGCGCCGUGGGAGACAUCAGGAAGCGAUCCAUACUCUGGCGCAAUUGAGAGGGACCACGAACGUCUCCGAAGAGGCGACGGCGAUCGAGAAAUCCGUGGAAUUGGAUUUGGCCAACGACACCGGAUUACGGGAGCUAUUCUGCGUGUCAGGAAAUCGCAAAGCGAUAAUAGUGGUGGUGACCCUGGUCGUAGUUCAACAGUGGAGCGGCAGCAUGGCUAUAAUUUCUUACGCUCAACAAAUCCUCGACACGACUAAGGAGAACAAUGGCAAAUAUAUAACUAUGAUAUUGGGCGCCGUGCAAGUUGUGAGUACCAUAAUCGGCAUGUGUUUGGUGGACAGAUUCGGCAGAAGGUUGUUGCUGAUUGUCUCUGCGUUCGGGACGUUCGUUUCGACGACGCUCGUCGGUUUGUUCUUUUAUCUUCAAGACAGACAAUUUGAUGUGGACAAUAUCCUCUUGCUACCAUCGAUUGGAACGAUACUUUACAUCGUAUCGUACACUUUGGGGUUGGCCGCUGUCCCGUUCACUAUGAUAAGCGAAGUUUUUCCUACGAACGUGAAAGCCCUGGGCAGCACGAUCGCGAUGUUCUUUUGCAAUUUCACCUCUUUCUGUGUUACCGCGUCUUAUCCAAGAAUCGCCGACCAGUUCGGCCUGUACACCUCGUUUUGGAUAUUUUCCGCUAUCAGCCUCGCGGGCGUCUUUUUCACGUACUUUUACGUGCCCGAGACGAAAGGGAAAACGCUUCAGGAGGUGCAGAACCAGUUACACGGUCGAAAAUUGGUGUAGACUGGUUUCUCGUAUGUAUUUCUCGUGCCACAUUUUCGCACAGGAGCACAUGAACGAAACGUACCGAAAAUUAGCCCCUUGAAUUAGGCAACCUGUAGUGA